AUGAAACGCCUUUUCUCCAAGACAUUCAAGCUCGCGCCUGAGCCAAAGCCGGCACAACCAGCCGGAGCGACCGCGGCGACUACGGAGCCUCCAGGGCACCACACUGGCUUGCAGCCUAAGGAUGUGCUUCCGCCCGUCCCCCACCCAUGUCCUUACGAGUAUAUCUCGAUCUUGGCAACAACGGAAGGGAUUCUGCUGCGGCCACGUCAUCCCGGACGCGUGGAGGACGCAUCGGAGUCGGAGGUCAGGAUAGAGUGGGGCAAAGGCGGGAAGGUCGAGACCCUCUCCCCUGGUGCCGUCAAAGUCAACUGGGAGGAGAGCGUCGUUGUUUACGGUAUACUUGGACUAUUGGAAGUCUAUUCGGCUUCCUACCUCCUCGUCAUCUCGUCAAGGAAUGAAAUCGGCACUUUUCUUGACCCAAGGCACACCGUAUACAGCGUCAAGGGCGUCACCGCUAUACCUAUGGUAGAGGAGCGGGCGCGCACCAUUCUAGCUGCUCUAACGUCCCGUAACAACGUCGAUCGGAGGGCUUCCCUGCUACCUACGGAAGCGGCUCGCGAAGCACAUGCUAUAGAGGAGACCGCCGCGGAAAUAGACGACGUCGCACCAGACGGUGCCAAGUCUCCGCGAGUCAAGUUCGCUGACGAGGAUCAGGUGAAGGUGGUCUCCCCACUCCCCGACAGGACUUUUGACGACGUAGAGGACUCUGGGCCCCCGUCGCCAUCCUCAACCAUCUCGACUCCGUCGUCGGACUUGUCUACCAACACGGACACCGUGGUCAAGACACUGGCAGACCGGCUGUCGUUCUGGACCAGACUUUCGAAGAGAAACUCGAGGCAGGCUCCGACGAUUGAUCAUACUCUGGUGGAACAGUCAGAUCAGACCCUCGGGGAACCUCUUGAUAUCGAGGCUAUAGCCAAGGAUGACUCCAAGGAGCGCGAAGAAGUGUUGGAGGCCAUUGUAUCCUCCGCCGCCCCCGCACCACAGACCAUGGAGGAGAAGCAUUCCGAGCUUGAAGACAAGAUCGUUCGAGAAUGUAUCAGGGAGUUUACCAGAGGUGGGAUGUACUUUGCGUAUACCUUCGACAUGACACGCUCGCUUCAGCAUAAACACGAGUUGAUCGACAAAGCCAAGACGCAGAAUGCGCUGCGGGAGACGCUCAAUAUCCUGGACGACUCGCAGCGGCUCAGCCCCGUACGCGAAACCGUCGAUGUAUUGGCCGAGCCAUCUGCUGCACUUCCGCUCUGGCGCCGUGUAGACCGUCGGUUCUGGUGGAACGAAUGGCUUUCAAAACCCUUCAUUGACAAUGGGCUUCAUCCAUAUGUCCUGCCCAUCAUGCAAGGCUUUUACCAGAUAUCGUCUUUCCCCAUUGCGCGGGAACCUGUCGCCUUCGAAGAAGGCAACGCCACCACUGUGGAAUACGUCAUCGUUUCUCGCAGAUCGAGGGACCGUGCUGGCUUGAGGUACCAACGCCGUGGAAUCGACGACGAUGCCAAUGUAGCCAACUUCGUCGAGACUGAGACGGUCAUGCGUGUAGAGCGGGAGGGGACUUCAAAUGUUUUCAGCCAUGUUCAGAUCCGAGGAUCGAUUCCUCUAUUCUGGAAUCAGCAAGGAAUGGCCCUGAAGCCCGCCCCACAACUCAACCCGGAGCGCACGCACGACCAAAAUUUGCGUGCAAUUCAGCAGCAUUUGGGCAAGGUCACUGCCGCUUAUGGGCCUCUUACUAUCGUCAACCUCGCCGAGCAACACGGCAAAGAGGGGCAGGUUACGAACGCUUAUGGUGAUUAUGUGAAGGAGCUCGCCCCCAAGGACGUGAAGUAUCACGCAUACGAUUUCCAUGCGGCAACGAAAGGCAUGAAAUACGAGAAUAUCUCGCUACUCAUCGACGAGCUUGAGCGCACAUUCGAAGCCCAGGGAUAUUUCUGGAUUUCGAACAACCACAUCAUGUCCACGCAGAAGGGCGUGUUCCGCGUCAACUGCAUAGACGGCCUGGACCGUACCAACGUCGUUGAGUCGGCGUUUGCACGCCAUGUGCUGAACCGCCAGCUCGGGGCCGUGGCCCUGCUCAAUCAGGACGAACGGCGAACAGAGAUGGACGUGGUGUUCAAUGACGUCUGGGCCAACAACGGCGACGCUAUCAGCCGUGCUUACGCCGGGACGUCAGCCUUGAAGGGUGACUUCACGAGGACGGGGAAGAGAGAUCUCGCCGGCUUGCUAAACGAUGGUGUCAACUCGCUCGCACGGAUGUACAGCUCGACGUUUGCGGACUGGUUCAGCCAGGCCGUUAUCGACUACAUACUUGGCAACCGCACGACCUCCGUCUUUUCAGAGUUCCUAAACAAGCUGCAAUCCACGGACCCGAGGGAGCUGAUCCGCAUCUCGAAGAUUCGCGCAGACGCGAUUGCGACGUGCGUUUCCCGUGUGCUGCCGGAGGGCGAGCGGCUGCUGUCCGGGUGGACCCUGUUUGCUCCGGAAGAGCUUAACGCCAAAAUGGGCGACAAGUUUGAAGAGAAAGUGCUGCUCCUUAGCGCCAAAGCGCUCUAUAUUAUUAGUUAUGAUUAUACCCUGGAGAAAGUCAAGAUGUAUACCCGUGUCCCUCUCGGAGACAUUAUAGGAAUUACCAAAGGCGCUUACAUCCUAUCACCAUUGGAGGAAGCGAGCCGAGACCCCCUACAGAACGCUGGCUUCGUGGUUUCAUGGCACAACUCGCUUGAUCAGGACACGCGCGUCACCAGCUACUCGAUACGGAAUAGCUUGGAUCUGACGACCCCUCCCACUUCCCCGUCGUCGGCAACCUUCUCGAGGCUUUCUAUGACGGCACCACGGAAGAGCACGCUUCCGCUAUCGCGGAUCCUCUCAAACGCCGCCGCUCCGGUGGCCGGACAGGAGACAGCGUUCGCUGCAUUCAAGGCGUUGCCCGUCGACCCUGCACGGGCUCGUCGGGAGAGCGGAAGCUUCAUCCAGACCGCGGAUGAACUCGCUAACGCGAAGAACUGCAAAGAAGCGGUCGAUAUGAUCGUGGACGCGGUCCGCCAGGCAUGCAAGGACAUUGGGAACGACCACCACGAGUUCGUCACGGAGGCUGAUGUUGUCAGCCUGGCGGAGGCCCAGAGGAUGACCAGCGUGUACGCGAAGAUGGAGUACGGUGUGAAGAGGCUGCUGUGGCUGGGCAGCUAG